AUACGAUUCCGUGCCUGUCCUAUCCACAGACAGCUGAUCGAAACAUACACAGGCAGCACCCUAAUAUAGUCAAAUACGAUGUCGUAUAGAACCUAAUCGAUCAAUAGAGAAGCUAUCGACUUCAUCAGCCCUCACUUCACUAACAAUACUUCUGAGUCUCCUCCUCCUCGAGGCAUUCGCUUUGUUUUAAGUCUGACCAACAAUGAUGCGUGGAGGAGGGAAGGUGAAGGGGAGUGGCCAGUCGGGCAGGCAGGAAGAGGACCAGGAAGAAGGAGUCGGCGAUUUUGAGAUCGAUGACGAGGACGAGCUUAAAGAGUCGGGUGAUACAGCUGGAAAAUGGUCGUGGAAGAGAGUUUUUCAUGAGUUGGUGAGCGGAAAGGAUGACGAGUCAAUGAGCAGAAGCAGCAGAGUUUGGAGGAAUAUCAGACGUUAUGGUUCUUCUUCUUCUUUACCUCUUCCCGAUCGUGGCUUUGUCAUCCAUCCCGAUGAGUGGUGGUACGUGCUGUGGACCCACUUCAUCCUGAUAUGGGCGGUCUACUCGUCCUUCUUCACGCCGCUCGAGUUCGGCUUCUUCAGAGGGCUGAAGGAAAACCUCUUCCUACUGGACAUAGCCGGCCAGCUCGCCUUCCUUGUUGACAUCGCCAUCCACUUCUUCGUCGCCUACAAGGACUCCCACUCCCACGCCAUGGUCUACGACCGCUACCUCAUCGCUCUCAGGUAUUUGAAGUCUCGGUUCACUGUCGAUCUUCUCGGAUGCAUGCCCUGGGAUACCAUUUAUAAGGUUUGUGGAAGAAAGGAGCCAAUCAGGUAUAUGUUAUGGAUUCGGCUCAGUCGAGCAAUGAGAGUGACGGAAUUUUUCGAGAAGCUGGAGAAGGACAUCAGGAUCAAUUACCUGUUCACGAGAAUCGUGAAGCUCCUAGUUGUUGAACUGUACUGCACGCACACAGCUGCAUGCAUCUUCUACUAUCUUGCUACCACCAUGCCCGCCUCGAAGGAGGGAUAUACUUGGAUAGGAAGUUUGCAGAUGGGUGACUAUAAGUAUUCUCACUUCAGGGAUAUCGAUCUCUGGAAGCGCUACAUAACAUCGCUAUAUUUUGCGAUCGUUACCAUGGCUACUGUCGGCUACGGAGAGAUACAUGCGGUGAAUGUCCGGGAAAUGAUAUUUAUCAUGAUUUAUGUGUCGUUCGACAUGAUUCUCGGUGCGUACUUGCUCGGUAACAUGACAGCUCUGAUAGUGAAAGGAUCGAGGACGGAACGGUUCAGGGAUAAGAUGACUGAUCUUAUCAGAUACAUGAAUAAGAACAAUCUGGGGAAGCAAAUAAGUAACGAGGUCAAAGGCCAUCUACGACUACAAUACAGUCACAAGUACACUGAGGCGACUGUUCUUCAGGACAUCCCGAAUUCCAUCAGGACAAAGAUCAAACAGAAGUUAUAUGAACCACACCUUAAGAAGGUUGCUCUUUUCCAGGGUUGUUCCCCGGGAUUCAUUAAGCAGAUUGCAGUCGAAGUACACGAGGAACUUUUUCUUCCGGGAGAAACUAUUAUAGAACAGGAAACUGCAGUGGAUCAGCUUUACAUUGUCUGUAAUGGGACACUGAAAGGAGUGAGAAUGGAAGACGAUAGUAAAGAGGAGUUCCCUAUGCAUCUCCCGGCAUACAGCACCGUUGGCGAAAUUCCUAUAUUUUCGAACACUACUCUGCCUUACAAUGUUCAGGCAUGCGAACUGUGCAGGCUCUUGCGUAUUGAUAAGCAGGCUUUAACCGAUAUCCUCGAAAUGAACUUUUCUGAUGGCAGGACAAUCUUAAACAUCAUCCUUGAGGGAAAAGACUCCAAUCUCCGCAAGAAGCUGCUGGAAUCAGAUAUCACUCUUCUCAUUGUAAAACACGAGUCGGAGUUGGCAAUGAGGAUUAACUGUGCUGCCUAUGAUGGGGACUUCUAUCGGCUAAAACGUUUAGUAAGAGCCGGUGCAGAUCCCAGAGUGACUGAUUACAAUGGGAGAUCACCAUUGCACGUUGCUGCAUCAACAGGGCACGAAGAGAUUGCGUCUUUCCUUAUUGAGCAGGGAGUGGCCUUAAACGAUUCAGAUAAGUUUGGAAACACUCCGUUGCUCGAAGCUAUCAAGAAUGGCCAUGACCAAAUAGCGGCUCUACUCCUUAAGGCGGGCGCAUCACUUGCGGUAGAUGACGCUGGUGAUUUUCUCUGUGCAACUGUCGCACGAAAGGACCAGGACCUCCUGAAGAGGGUUUUAGCUUAUGGAAUCAACCCGAAUGCAAGAAACUAUGAUCUCAGAACGCCAUUACAUGUAGCUGCUUCAGAAGGAUUAUAUUCAGUGGCAAGGUUGCUCCUAGAAUCGGGAUCAAGUGUUCUGUGUAAAGACAGAUGGGGAAACACUCCAAUCGAUGAAGCUCGUUUAUGUGGAGAUAAGAACCUCGUUACGCUGUUCAAGGACGCAAAAAACUCUCAAUCAUAUGAGAUAGUUGAUCAUUCUCGACCCCAAGUUACAGGCACGCUGCAGACCAUAGAUGAGCUUAUCACGGAAGCAAAGUCACGGAGGAAAUGCACGGUAUUUCCAUACCACCCCAGGGACCGCGGGGAUGGUCAGAGGAAACCGGGAAUCAUUCUGUGGGUUUCACAGACCAUAGAAGAGCUUAUCUCGGAAGCGAAGGUGCAGCUGGAUGUUUCAUUGGAUUGCUGUCUGCUGGCAGCAAAUGGCGGUCGAAUCACCGAUCCUGAUAUGAUCAGCAAUGAUCAGGAUCUGUUCCUAGUAAGUGAUGAACAAAAAGCAGGAUAAUGCGGCGGACUUCAUUCAGGUGCUUCGGCAUCUAAGCAAGCAGAUCGACGUUUAUUUCAAGUUCCUGGAGAUCAAUCAAGCAGAUCUAACUGUAUUACCGAUGACUUGCUCAGAUUGGCCCUAUCCUAUGUAAUCGGGUUUGGAAGAAAGACGGGUAGCAUCACAUAAUCAUAUGCAAUGUUUGAUUGCUGCUGUGUAAUACUCGAGAUCGAUGAUAGCAAAACUAUUACAUAUCGAAAAAAAUCCCUUAUAUAUCCAAAAAAAAUCCCUUAUGACUGACUGCAACAAAAAAGGGAAAUUCUACCGAUGUUAAUUGCAUCCAA